GGGGAUCCACUAUAGCGCAACACUCCUCCUCUACUUAUCCCUCCCUCACCCUCCUUCACUCCCUCUCUCUCUCUCUCCCUCUGUAGCAGACCGUCCGCGCCGCUUGGCUCCGCACAGCUCCCUCAACUCAUUCGCUGCUGCUGACACCACCGCUCACCACUCGCUUCCCUCUUCUUCUCCUUGCCUUUGCUCCGCUCUGUGCCCGCCUGCCCGCCUCCUGCCCUGAGAAUGGUCCAGCCGGUGCCUGGGGGUCUGCUGUCGGGGCCUGUCUGAACAUACGCAUAAACAGUUCCAGACUAGCCGAAGCGCAGCAGCAACCACACACACAAGUCGGAAAGCAAUGUGAGAGAGGAAGUGCCUUCCCUGAUGUCUGCUGCAGCUUUGACCUGCUUCUCCAGCUGAAGCUCCACCCUCCCCCCUGCCUCGCUCGCUUGCUGCCGCGGUAACCUGAAUCCAAGGACAGUGGCCACACCUUCAUCUCUGUCCCCCAGUCCAUCUCCAGCUUGUCCUCACCGACCGGUCCUGCUGCCAAGUGCUCUCCACUGAACAGCCUUACAGCCCCACCCCAGCCCGCACAGUCUCACCCACCUGCCUUUAACUUUGACCCAUAGGCCUCCAUUCAGUCCUCAGUGCCCUUAACCUUCCUGUGGCGGGCUACACACAGACUAUCACCUUUGUUGCCUGCUUCACUGCACCUAACUGAGGGCUCCUGUUUGACACAUUGUAUAAGCUUCCAUCACUAAAAUAAAAGUGAGGUCAGAAAAGGCACCAACGUGUUGAUAAUCUAAGGACUUCAUCCGUGGCUCUGUCAGGACAAUGCCCCAAUAGCAUUCACAGCUAACAGUGUCCUUUAUCAUUUCCCUCUCGACGAGGAGCUCUCUCAAUCAAAAGAACCUUUGCUUGAAUGUUUCAUUUCACCAUUACAGGCAACAACAAGAGAAAAACCGUGGAUUAAAACUCUCAAGGUACUUUAUUCACAUUUGAACAGCUAGGAAAAGUUUUGUGCUUUUGUUGCCAUGGCAAUGAACAUAGCACACAUUCGCGACACCAAGUGGCUGACCCUGGAGGUAUGCAGAGAGUUUCAGAGGGGCACAUGUUCACGCUCAGACCAGGAGUGCAAGUUUGCCCACCCGGCCAAGAGUUGCCAGGUGGACAACGGACGAGUCAUCGCCUGUUUUGAUUCCCUUAAGGGUCGCUGUUCUAGGGAGAACUGCAAGUACCUGCAUCCUCCUCCUCACCUAAAAACCCAACUGGAGAUCAAUGGGCGCAACAACCUGAUCCAGCAGAAGAACAUGGCCAUGCUGGCACAGCAGAUGCAGCUGGCUAAUGCCAUGAUGCCCGGCACACAGCUCCCUCCGAUGCCCAUGUUCUCUGUCACACCCGGUCUGGCGACCAAUGCUAGCGCCGCAGCGGCCGCAGCUGCUGCAGCCUUUAAUCCCUAUCUGAGCCCUGUGUCCCCCGGCCUGAUGCCUCCUGAGAUCUUGCCCAGCACCCCAGUCCUCAUGGCCUCUAGCCCCACGGUCAGCCAGGUGCCCAACGCUGCGGCCGCUGCAGCCCAGAAACUGCUGAGGACGGACAGACUCGAGGUUUGUCGAGAGUACCAGAGAGGCAACUGCUCACGGGGAGAGAAUGACUGUCGCUUCGCCCACCCUGCAGACAGCACCAUGAUCGACACCAAUGACAACACCGUCACCGUGUGCAUGGACUACAUCAAGGGCCGCUGCACCAGGGAAAAAUGCAAGUACUUCCACCCCCCGGCCCAUCUGCAGGCCAAAAUCAAGGCCACGCAGCACCAGGUGAACCAAGCCACAGCCGCCGCAGCCAUGGUGAGCAGUCUGAACACACCUCAACACCCCACAUAUGUUGCAGCUUAAGCAGGCAUCAGUUAGGUUAAUUUUGUAUCUUGUGGCUUUAUACAGAUUGUCCUCUGGUUUUUCAGUUCUGCUUUUUUAGUGGAAAAUCUGCAUGUUUUUGGGUUAAAUCUGCACAGAGAAGGAUGGCGUGAGGAAGGAUCAGGCCAUUUUACUCCACUUUAAAUAUUUGUUGUUUGGGUGGUGUGAAUGCCAUGUUCCUUGUUCAUCUCAUCCUUUAACACAAGGGAGAGCCAGUUCCUCACCACUUUAUUUGUGACACCAUUGUUUCUGCACUUCCUACUUCUUACUUCUCUUCCUCUUGACAUUUUGAAGCAGGACUGAUUGUGCACAGUAUAAAGUACAACAAUAGUACAGCAGCAGUAUCUGUCCGCCGAUCCAAGUACUUUCAAGUAUUAUAAGUAUUUUCCAGUAUGUGCCAGGCAGAGCUUUGGGGUGAAUCAUUGUAAUGUGACACUGACUUUGAUACGCAGUGUAUAUUUAUAUAUCUUUCUGUCCACUGUGACUACUUAUUUUCACCGCUAUAUUUAUCCAUUUUCUGUGUGACUAUAACUAAUGUAGAAUGUAGCUACCACUGAUAAUUUUAACUGUUGAGCAGUAGAGCUAUAGCGUUCACAUUGUGCAUGCCUUAGUCCUGUUAUCCCCUCUGUAUAUUGCAUUCCAAUGAUUUGUUUUUUUAUUUGUUUUUGUUUUUUUCUCACCUAUACCCAAACUGCACUGCUGCCCCCAUGAUGCACCUCUGCUUGCUGGUUUAUGUUAAUGCGCUUGAACCCCAUUGGCCCAUUGCCAUCAUGUGCUCGCUGCCUGCUAAUUAAGACUCAGUCGGCUGUCAAAUCACUGAAGCGACCCCUCGACGCAACCUUUGACCUGGUACUAUGACCUUUCACCUUUUAGCUUGGCAUGUGGCUUUGUUGUUGUGCAGUAUUUUUAUUAACCAAAGAUACUUGGCUCUUUUUGUUUGUCGUUGUGUCGGUGCUAAAUGUAUUUCCUCCUGUCAAUCUGUCAUUAUUGCUUGUGAUGAAAUGAUGGUGGCCUCUUUGGAAUCCAGUGAUAACUGACUUCUAGCAUAAAACGUUUUGCUAUAAUCUUCUGAUGUGGACACAAUCAGUUCAUCACCUAAAGCCUUUAACAAACGUCAGUAAGGGCUAGGGAAGUAGAGCUUUUACAAUGGUGGCAUGGCUUAAGUCUUACUGUCCGUCCUGUAAGUCAGUGCUCAGUGUUGUAAGCUGCUCAAUCAGAAGUGUGCAUGUUUAUGUUGCAAAUGCAUAAAUAUGGAAAAGGGUGGGGCUAAGAGGAACGGUCUAUCAGACCAUUAGAGGUGAUUGCAGUUCAAAUGAUA